AUGGCUGCUUGGGAUACAGAGGAUGAGCAUAACGGCCCGGUCGCCGCCACCGCGCUGCCCACCCCCCAAGAUACACCUUACAGAACACCAUCACGGGGUUCGAGAAAGUCACGGCGUUCAGUCACUCCGCCGAACGGAAAAAAGAGCCCCUCGCCGCCUCCAGUACCUCCCACCGAAAAGAGCUCGAAGCGUUCUUCGAGAAACAUCACCAAUGAGGACAACAUCAGCGUCCUCGACCCCCGCCGCUUCACGCCAACCCUGCACGCCAAUCUUGUUGCGGAAAUCCUGAAUCUGAGGCGGGAUCAGGAAGAGAAGACGAAGCUUAUUGAAAACCUGGAAGUGUCGUUGCACGCCGCACGCGAGGAGCAGGAAUCACUCCAGGAGUCGAUAGCCACAACCAACAAGGAAAGCCGAUCUUUAAAACGCCAACUGUCUCUACUUGAGGGAGGGACAUCUUCAGCACUAGGCGAAAUUACCCGUGAGAGAGAUGAGGCUGUUGACUCGAUUUCGGAAACGAAAAAGAGACUUGAGGUCUCUCAGAGGAAAAUUCGAAGCCUAGAGGAGGAUCUGCAAAGGGCACAUGAGCUUUGGUCCCAGGAAAAAGAUUCUUGGGAGGAAGAAAAGCGCAAAUAUGAGCGCAGAAUCCAUGUUGCUGAGAGCCGCUUGAAAGUGGUCUUGGACGAAGUCACUGCUUAUCAAGCUGCACAAGCCAACGGUCAUGCUGCCGAUAGUGACGUGGAGGACAACAAGGACAACGAUGCCGCAAGUGUCCGCACUAUGAGCCUAACAAAUAGUAUUCGCUUCUCACUGCAGCAAAGUCCCGGCAAGGUCAACAACAUCAAUUCCCUUGCUGACGAACUGAAUCUCGAUGGCGACGAUGACUGGCAAACUGACGAUGGUGGGCGAGAGAGUGCACUGUCUUACCACCGUCACACACGAACCAUCAGCCGUGAGAGUGUUUUGUCAAGAAUGCAUCGGCGAAACCAGAGCGUCGAAAGUCCUCAGCGUCCUGGAAGCGUUACGCGAGGCAGGCUCUGGAUGAACCAGCCCGUCUUGGAGGCCCUGGAAGAUGAAAUCCAAGAGGAUGACGAGGACUUAAUGUCACCUCCCCCGCCCCCGGCUCCAAAACCCACUUACACGGACACGGGCAUCCAGUUUUCGCCCCCUCCAUCACCAAAACUCGAACCCGUCAAGCCACCCGCCCCGGAGCCUCCCGCCAACGUUGAAGAGCCCGUUGUAAAGGUUGAAGAACCUUUCAAGCUCGAAAAGCCUGUCGAAGUUGAGGCCGCCCCCCGAGGUGAAUCGGAAGUUGAAGCAGUAGAGGCAAACCAAAGACGAAAGCGAGUUCAGAUCAACCGCCCAUUGUCCAUUGAGCCGCGCCCAUUCAAUCCCAUGGUCUCAGCUGGAUCUCAAACUGUCGAGGAGCCACUAAGUCCACCAAAAACACCCAAGUCGCCAUACAGGUCUUUGACACCGCCCCCUCCCGAGGAGCCAGCUCCGAUUAUGGUGUCAUCUUCCACUCAGACGAACCUGCCUGAACCUGAGCCACAGGCUGAACCUGAAGAGAAGCCUGCACCUGCUCCUGAGCCGAAGCCAGCUCAGGAGCUACUUAUCCCGAGCAUCAGUAUCAUUCCACCGACAAGUCGCCCAGCCACGCCUCGAGAACCUCGACUUCCCCAGCAUUUCAAGGACUUUGGAUGCCAGGUUUCCAUCGUGUCUUCGGUCACCAUGAAAUCCACCGCUGUCCAAACUGAAGAAAUCCGCGUGGACCAGCGUAUGGCUAGCCUUCCUGCACACCUUAGACCUUCAGCAAUUUCAUCCAGACCGACAUCGCCCAAUGUUGCUACCGCUAUCACGAGCGAGGAGUCUCACACAUUUACACCUGUCCCUAGCCAUCUGCCACCGAGAAAUCCUAGAAGACUUACCACUAAGCGCAGUCUCUCCGAUCUGCCCUAUUCUCCGCCAAUUUCGCCUGUUUCACCUGUCUCGCCCAUCUCUGACACGGAAACACGAGACGCCUACCCUGGAAACAACGAUGAUGGGCCUCUGUCGAGCCACAAGGCGCCUAUGCGACGGCCGCAUCGCAUUAGCAGCCUCUUUGCUGGUUUUGACGAACACAGCUCUGACGAGCAGGACGAGUUUGCUGAUGCGGAUAUUAGCGAUUCUGAGUAUCGGACCGUUCUCUCUGCCCCUGGGAUGAGGAUGACAGACUCUAGGGCAUCUAACCGGACAUCGGUGAGCGCUUACGUGGCAUCACCGGCGUCACCAGAGCCAGGCCUGCAGAAAUCCGCGAUUGCGAGAAGCUCAGUGCGUUCCUUGGGCAACGAAGUUUACAGCCUCGGUUUGGAAAACAAGGAGACGGUAUCCAAAAAGACGGCAAUGAAACCUGCAGGACGCAGCGGAUACGAGAAAUCCAACGCUGGCCCUUCAGGCAGACCCAAUGGCAUGCGAAAGGCUGCCUUGAUUCAGAGCGGCAUAUCUAGUCAUCAAGGUCGUCCAAGAAGCCCCAGCAUCCCCGAGGCUACGCCUCCGCCCUUUCCCAUCCCAACAAGGGCCAGUUCCCGGCGGCCUCCAUUUAGUGCAAGUGCACCAAGUGAUGGCCAGCGAAGCCCGACCAAGAUGGACGCCCCAUGGAAUCGUCGGGGUAUGGGCCGCAGUCACUACCGUGCCAACAGCAUUCGCAAAGUCCGGUCGGCAGCCGCUCUCCCCCGCAAUCAAAGGUACCGGAGGCAUGGUAGCCGAUCGCCACCGCCUUUCUCGGAGACCACGGAGACGCCAGAGAGCCCCAGCCUGCCUCCUCUCCCGUACAACGAUAUUACGAGCCCUAGAUACGAUAUGAGCUCACAGUACAGGUCUCACAGAUCUCGGCUGUCCACAAACACCGCCCAAACAGCUACUACAGAUCUCGCCUCGGUUGGCGGUGUCUCGAAUGGUGCCACAUCCAACGGUGCUACAUCCAAUGGUACGACCUCCAAUGGCGCGGCCUCUAGCGGAGCCUCUCAGGCUACUGGGGUGGUUGAUGCCAUUGCACAAACCAUGGUUGGCGAGUGGAUGUUCAAGUACGUGAGGAGACGCAAGUCGUUUGGCGUGUCCGAUGGUGGAAGAGAUGAUUCUAGCAACGAUCGGCACAAGAGAUGGGUAUGGCUGGCCCCUUACGAACGAGCUAUCCUUUGGAGCAGCAAGCAACCCAAUUCUGGAACUGCGCUCAUGGGCAAGGCAGGCCGCAAAUUAACCAUCCAAUCUGUGCUUGAUGUCAAGGACGACAACCCGCCUCCCCGUGGCCAAGGCAACGUUUUCAACCGAUCUAUUCUCAUCCUGACUCCACAAAGAGCACUGAAGUUUACAGCCACAUCUUCUGAACGGCACUACAUGUGGCUGACAGCUCUAUCGUUCCUCGCACACUCUACGCAGGCCAUUCCAGACGUGCUUGCCGUUCCCCAGCCUUCAAAUGAAACAGCUGUGCCAGAUUUUGAGAUGCUCCAGCCUAGUAGGCGACCUGGCAUUCGCGAUUCCAUCCGACUCACGAAGAACAAGGCACCCUCAAAGAAUGCCGCACCCCCGAGUAUACCAAGCGUUCCCAGUAUGCCUAGUAUUCCUUCAUCGCGAACAGGCGACAGCGGCAACUAUAGGCAGCAAGAGCAGUAUGCAACCAUGCCGUAUAGCAACAGCAACAACAACAACAACAACAACAACAAUCACAAUAACGCUCACCAGCGCGAGCGUUCCAGCGACGCAGCCGAGCCGCCCUUUAUCCCUCGUUUUACGGACCGUGGGGCGCAAGGAGGGGUUCAUGGUCGCAAACGCAGCAACACUGGCGGCCACGUUCCGCCACCGCUAUCAUUCCGCGGGUUCUCUGGACCUGGCAGCGUCGGGCAGCAUAGCUAUACCAAUAGCAAUGCUGGUAACAGCGUGGGCACAGCAGGAUCAUCUGACAUCUACCAGUCUCACCAGUCCCAACCUUCAAGUGGCGCACCAAGCUGGGGCAUGAGUACCGCAGGCUCCCAACGUACGUCGGAAGCAUCAUCGCGACCUGGUGCCAACUUCUUCGACGCUAUCGGCACCGUGCGGAUGGAGGCAUUCAUCAGCCCGCUAGCGUACUCGCGCUUUGACGGGGACCCCGAUGAGCAAGAAGAGUUCAGGUAUCGAGCCAGGAGACGAAGCAAGGAGCUUCGACGCCGACAAAGCCGCAGCCGUCACCGAGACAGCUACAGCUCUCGUGGCACGCGCACUACUGACGGCUAUUACAGCCGCAUGGGUACAGAGGAUGAUUUCUUCAGAGACGACCCGUUCAAGGGCUUUUAG